CACCCACUCUCCUUGUGUAAGCAUUGCUAAAAAGUGUUAUGAAGGCUGAUGACAUUUGCGUUCUCUGGCUUUAGUUAGCAUGCUGUCUCCUCUAAAGGCGCCCGAAUAAUUCAAUCAUUUGUUGAGGAUUAAAGUUAAAGCGAAGGUUUUAUAAAAAGCGAUUAUUGACAUUCUGUUGAGGCGAACACUUUAAUUGCACAAACAUGAUGAACAGGACAUUAGCAAGGAAACUUCUAGGCUCCAUGUGUGGGAUCUCCAGCCCUCGACUGAGCUACGCUCAAACAGCCGUGAACGCUGUGCAGGGACAGAAAGAGCUGAUCAAAAGUAGGGAACUGGAAAAGGAUGAGCUCAGACCUCUGUAUAUGGAUUUUCAGGCCACCACACCCAUGGACCCUAGGGUUUUGGAUGCCAUGCUACCCUAUCAAGUGAAUUACUACGGUAACCCACAUUCCAGGACUCAUGCUUACGGAUGGGAGAGUGAGAGCGCCAUGGAAAAAGCAAGAAAACAAGUAGCAGAUCUUAUUGGUGCUGACCAGAGAGAGAUUGUGUUUACCAGUGGUGCGACCGAGUCCAACAAUAUGUCAAUCAAAGGUGUUGCCCGGUUUUAUAAGGCUAAGAAAAAGCACAUCAUCACCACACAGACCGAACACAAGUGUGUGCUGGAUUCUUGCCGUGUUCUGGAGGCAGAGGGUUUUGAUGUAACCUAUUUACCUGUGAAAAGUAAUGGGCUCAUUGACUUAAAGCAAUUAGAGGAAACAAUCCGUCCUGAUACAAGCUUGGUGUCAGUCAUGACUGUCAACAAUGAGAUUGGUGUCAAACAACCAAUCAAAGACAUAGGUCAUCUGUGUAGAUCCAAGAAUGUGUUCUUCCACACCGAUGCUGCCCAGGCUGCUGGAAAGAUUCCCAUUGAUGUCAGUGACUGGAAAGUGGAUCUGAUGUCCAUAAGUGCCCAUAAGAUCUACGGGCCCAAAGGAGUUGGGGCUUUGUAUGUCAGGAGAAGGCCCAGAGUUCGUAUUGAGCCUUUGCAGAAUGGAGGUGGUCAGGAAAGGGGCCUACGUUCAGGUACUGUGCCCACACCUCUAGCAGUGGGCCUCGGAGCUGCCUGUGAGAUCGCCCAGCAAGAGAUGGAGUAUGAUCACAAGCAUGUGGCGAUGCUUGCGAAUCGCCUCAUUCAGAAGAUCAUGUCUGAGAUGGCUGAUGUUAUGUUGAAUGGAGACCCAGAGCAGAGGUACCCAGGUUGCAUUAAUUUAUCAUUUGCCUACGUUGAGGGGGAGAGUCUGUUGAUGGCCCUAAAAGAUGUUGCGCUUUCAUCGGGAAGUGCCUGCACUUCUGCUUCCUUGGAGCCCUCAUAUGUACUCAGGGCAAUGGGAACAGAUGAGGACUUGGCACACUCUUCUAUUAGGUUUGGAAUCGGAAGAUUUACUACAGAGGAGGAAGUAGACUACACAGCGGAGAAGUGCAUUCAGCAGGUCAAACGGCUAAGAGAGAUGAGUCCUUUAUGGGAGAUGGUUCAGGAGGGCAUUGAUCUUAAGAGCAUCAAAUGGACCCAGCAUUGAAUUGUCUUCAACGGCAAAGAGUAUGAAGCCCUGCUGCGGUGUGAAUGAUUGUUUUGUACAGCUUGAUUUGACAGCCAUACCAGGACUUCUUAGAACUUCUUGUUCGCUCAAAAAACACGCACAGUUUUAUUUCACCAUUCACAGGAAUUGCUGAGGAUAUGUAUUUUGUAAAUUUCUAUAACUGUUUUUGAAUUUUCUGAGAGCGUUAUGGAUUGUUUGUUAUUCCAGUUACAUAGUUACUCUCUGUUUAGUCUGUGGAACUAAAUCUCUCACAGUGUGUUUCUGUAGACACGUCUUAACGUAAACAUGCACUGUUUUUUUUGUGAGCACAUCACAAUAUACCAUGAAACAUUUUAUGAUACACAUUGCAUCAUAUUGUCUCCAACUGUGACCAGCAUUUGUAAUUUCAGUAAUCAGUUAUGCUUUGUUCAAAGAGGUGCAGUUUAUGGAUAGUUUAUAAAUCAUGCACAUAACAUCAGGAGAGAAACCGUAAAUAGUUUGCAGAAGAAUGUGUCUAUGACGUACGUUACAUGUGUUGCUUAUAUGCCGUGUUUUUGCUUAUAACUUUAGAGAAAAUAAACAGAACAUAAAAUAUCACAUAUUAUUAUUUAGAGGAGGUGAUUAUCUUCAAAACGAGCCCACACGUGAUGUAAUCGGAUGCAUAGAUCAUUAGAUAAUCCACAAUAAGCACAUUGUGCAUUUAGCACAUAAUGUGCUAUCUGGCUAAAAACACGUUAGCUUUCCUGGAUCAGAUGACUUAAUCGGAAAUUAUGUAAUAUGUUGCCCAGCAUCAUGGAACGUUAAACCAAUCAUAUUAGGAUUUAGAUCGUUUCAACCAGAGGUGGAGUCAUCCAAAUAUGGGCAGAGAGGAUCGUUCGCUCUAAUUACAUAUGGCCACCAGAUGGUGCCAAAUAUGUGACAGACUCAGUGACACAGAAUGGAACUGAAUGAAUCUUGUUACUCAUGCCUACAUGCUUUGGAGAGAAAGCAUACCAUUAGUCAUUGUAUUUGCAUGUGUAAUUAGUACGUACUAUCAUGAUUUUAUUUCUUUGGAGAGGCUUUUGGACACUAGGAUAAAGUAUAUUUGUAAUGCUAUAACUUUUGCUUUGUCGUAUCAACACAAAACUUUACUAAGUUAAAGGUGACAUGAUUGGGAACAAAACAAAAGCAGUUUUUGUUUUUUUUGGUGGUACCUUGUUUACACCCUGAGAUAUAAUGUAAAAACGUUCAAGUAAAAUCAUUUUUGGCUCAA